AUGUCGCGCCUCGGGCCAUUCUCUUACCGAGCCGCCCUAGCGGCCGACCCUACGAUCGCGGCCCCGCCGCCCCUUGAUCGCGGCCCCGUCGCCCUUACCUCACGGCCCCGCCGCCCUUACAUCGCGGCCCCGCCGCCCCUGCUCUCGCGGCAUCGCCGCCCUUUGAUCGCGGCCCCGCCGCCCCCUACUCUCGCGGCCCCGCCGCCCUUACCUCGCGGCCCCGUCGCACUGCUGUCGCGGCCCCGCCGCCCUUACGACGCGGCCCCGCCGCCCUUACAUCGCGGCCCCGCCGCCCCUGCUCUCGCGGCCCCGCCGCCCUUUGAUCGCGGCCCCCGCCGCCCCUGCUCUCGCGGCCCCGCCGCCCUUACCUCGCGGCCCCGUCGCCCUGCUGUCGCGGCCCCGCCGCCCUUCCAUCGCGGCCCUACCGCCCCUGCUCUCGCGGCCCCGCCACCCUUACGUCGCGGCCCCCGCCGCCCUUACAUCGCGGCACCGCCGCCCUUUGAUCGCGGCCCCGUCGCCCUGCGGUCGCGGCCCCGCCGCCCUUACAUCGCGGCCCCGUCGCUCUGCUCUUGCGGCCCCGCCGCCCUCCUAUCGUGGCCUCGCCGCCCUGAGCUGUGCGGCCUCGCCGCCCUCUCCUACGCGGCCCCGCCGCCCUCACCAACGCGGCCCCGCCGCCUUCACCUGAGCGGCCCCUGCCGCCUUCACCUACGCGGCCCCGCCACCUUCACCUACGCGGCCUCGCCGCCCUCACCCACGCGGCCCCGUCGCCCACGCAGCCGACCGCCACGCCGCCCUGUACCGGAGCAGCCGAGUCGCCCAGCAGCAGCCGCCGCACCGCCGGACCACCGAGCCGCAGUGCAACAGAGCCGCCCCGCCCCCGAGCCGCCCUGCACCCGAGCCGCCCGGCAGCCGAGCCACCCCGCCCCCGAGCCGCCCUGCACCCGAGCCGCCCGACACCCGAGCCGCCCUGCCGCCGAGCCGCCCGGGAGCCGAGCCGCCCAGCAGCCGAGCCGCCGAGUCGCCGAGCCGCCCGACCUGCCCUGCCCGGGUCGAGCCAUUGACUUUGAGGUCUGGGUCGACAACCUGCAGCUGUUCUUACAGUGCGAUAGGGCGGACGGCCUUUCCCUCUUUGACCUCACCUCUGGCGCCUCUCCUGCCCCUGCUGCUGAUGCUGACCCCACUGUUCGCUCUCAGUGGGCCACCCGCGAUGCUGCUGCACGUCUUGCUGUGCGUCGCCACUUGCCCACCACUGAGCGCGCGCACUUUAGUCAGUACAAGAGUGCUCAGACCUUGGACCACUUUCUCUCAGUCUGUCCCACCACUCUCACUGUCGACCUCCUCGAGAAGGCCCUCCUAGCGGCGGAGAAGAGCAUCGUCGCUGUCGGAGCCUCUCGUGGUGACCCUCGCACCCCCAUCUUUGAGGGGUGUUCUCCUUCCCCCCUACUGCCCUCUGUUGCCUCUGCUGCUGCUGCCAACCUGCUUGAUCUUGAGACAGUCGGCGCGGCGUCUGCCCCUAGCGGGAGACGCCGCCCUGGCAAGGGCAAGGGGGGCAAGGGCGCGGGUGGAGCUGGAGGGGGCGGUGGAGGUGGCGGUGGAGGCGGCGGAGGGAGUGGGGGUGGCGGUGGGAGUAGUGGCGGAGGCGGUGGUGGUGGUGGCAGCGGCGGAGGAGGCGGCGGUGGCGGCGGCAGCGGUGGGAGUGGAGGCGGCGGUGGUGGCGGAGGUGGAGGCGGCGGUGGCGGAGGGGGUGGAGCUGGUCGGGGUGGUGCCCCGUAG